AUGAGCAGGAAGGCAUCUAGCAAGAAAGUUGAUAAGGCACUGAAGAAACAAAUACAGAGUGUUAGGAGAAGCUCAGGCUCGUUGUUUGAAGGAAUGGUUGAAGCAAAUUUUUCUAAUGACCCACAAGUAUCUUGGAUGAUGAUCUACAGAGUUUUAGGACAAAUAAAACCUACUCCAAAAGCUUAUAAUGGGCCUGAGGUACGUCAGGAAGAACAGACUAAAGAAACUAAGAAAUCCAAAAAGCUAUCGAAGAAGAAAUCUAGGCGCAAACUAGUCAAGGGUAAGAGCAAGAGCUUCAACGAUGGGCUUUUUCUGUAUAAAAGAAAAGGAAGAUCUACUUCUUUAAACAAUAGUUUGAGACGAAGAAAUUUAAAAGCAUCCCAAGAACAACUAUCAGAGAGGGAAGAAGAGGUCUUUACAAAUUACAUGUAUGACGAUAUCUUCCAAGAAAGUGAUAAGCCCCAGCUUCUAAGAAGGUUCAGGCGAAGAUCAUGCACGUGCAGAUUUUGAGGCAACUAUAAGCUCCGAAGAGGCGACUUUGUCAUUUUUAAAGAUGAGGAUAAGUCCUCAGAGAUUCUAGACGAAGAUGGAUUUGCUAGAUCACCUGAUAGCGAUGUCCAGGGACACAAUCAUGGUCAGAAUCAUGGCAAAGGAGAAAACAUGGUAGCUAAUUCCUUCCGGAAUUUUAAGAAUGUCAUGACUGCUAUUAGCUACAUGAAGAGGGGUCAUGCUUCUUGUAAAUCUAUGGGUAAGGAGGAAAACCUAGAAAUUUAUUCUGAGAAUGAGGCUGCCAGGAAGCCAACCCCAAAGGCUCCUUCUGUGGUCAGGGAUUACAAGUAAAUCUGAUUAUAUUGUUGGAAAAAUGAAUAUUAAUUCAAGCAUCUUGUCUCCGAUAAAGUCAGAGAAGCUUACUGAGAGGUUCUUCUCCAAGAGAGUGAAGAGGAUCAAUAGGAAAAAGGCCAAGAAAUGGCUAAAGAAAUUUGACUAUGCAGAAAGUACCAAGACGAUCAGGAAGGCUCUCUCUAGACUUUCCCAGAAGAGAAGCUCCCUGCCUUAUUGAAUGAGCCAGAGACCAACUCCUAGAAGAGACAAGAUGUUGACGAUGAGAAAGACAGUCAAUACUCCCAUUCUGAAUCUUCGAGCAGGCUCUAGCAAUUCAAAAAGGUUCAAAUCAUCUGGACUAACUAUAAGUCAUGGCAGGAGUACUUUUAGUGGUUCAAAGAAGAAGUUUUUUCAUAAGCGAGGAAUCCAAGAUCACGCCUUUCAAACCUUGUAUUCUCCCAAGGUAAUCCCUGUUAGCCGAUCCAGACAAUAAUUAUACAAUGUUU